AUGUUGCAGCAACGACGAAAACGACCACAGAUAAUGGCAUUGCAUCAAGUGACCCAUAUAUGGCCAACAAAACAAAGAAGACGAACAACAACAUCACAACUAUUAGCGGUUACCAUUAUUUGCAUGUAUUUGGACAAAAUUGCACCCGUUAGGGCUGGUGUAUUCUAUCCAAGAGGCGGAUCAUUUGGGCAGUAUUUGGCAGCUGUGGCCAUACCAGUGGACUUGCCCAAUCGUAAUAUUUACAUGGCUUUUAAUUUUGAGUCCAAUUAUGGUUUGCCAUCGAAUGAUUCCUACAAUGAGUGGAUAGAUAGGUGGGAUUUAGAUGAAACCUACUUGGGUAUUGGCAACAACGUCACAGUCAUUAAUAACCGAAAUUUAAAAAGGAGCAAAAGUAAAAGAUCCCCCUCCGCCAAUACAUCGGACCAGCAACGAUUAUUGCCACGUUACGACCGUCGUACAUUUUAUCGCACAUUUACUGGUUAUUUGGAUCUCUAUCAAAUGAAUGGUACCGGUUGUCUGCUGAGAACGAUUUGCGAAGUGGCCGCAUCAACAAUGGAUGAAAACAAUGGUGUUUUGGGCAGUAUUUUGAAAAUUUUAUUCAUGCCAACAACAUCACGACCCGAAUCGCCACCACAACUGCAUAACGAUAUUAACGACGAAGACCUGUAUCGCGCCGAAUGGCAAGGCCGCAAAUAUUUGGCUAAUAAUAAUAUGGAGGACGAUAACGAAAAUGAAAAUAGCAACAACGACAACAAUGCAUGCUUGGAUUAUACACAAUGGUGUCCUGAAGGAGUUAUUA